AUGUCUCAAUUCGCCUCCAGUUCACACUUCAAGAGCUCUCUGGACAGCAGUCCGGAGGCCAAUCCCGAAGAUGAAAAGGCUGAGGAGGAGGUGCCCAGACCCAAGAACUACCUGUGGCUCACCAUCAUCUCGUGUUUUUGCCCAGCGUACCCCGUUAACAUCGUGGCUUUAGUCUUCUCCAUCAUGUCUCAAAACAGCUAUAGCGAAGGAGACAUCGAAGGAUCCCGGCGACUCGGGCGCAACGCCAAGUGGGUGGCCAUCGCCUCCAUCAUCAUUGGUCUUCUCAUCAUUGGUAUCACUUGUAUAGUUCACUUCACAAAGCAAGCAACUGAGCAGGUGGAGAUGGGGGAAAGUCUUCUGAUGGCGUCACUCACCACUCCAUGGAGAGAAACCCAGACCGCGGGCGCGCUGAGGCGCCCCCUGCCGGCUAUUAGCAGUCUUGUCCUGGGUUGGGCCCUGAGCAGCCGACUGCAACUGCGACUGCGCCGGCGACCGGGGGUAGGGGGUACGGACGGGGGGGGAGGGGCGCAAUACCGGAGGCGGAAGUGA